GUUACGCUUCAACAACACACAUUAAGUCUGCCACUUCACCGACCUCUGGUGGCCAAACCAAUAACCCUACAAGCAACCUCAUCUCAUGCGCUCCCCCGUUAUUUUUCUGGGAAUUUUGUUCGUAGCUCUUGUGGGGUUGCCGAAUUCGGUCGUUGUGGGGUCUUUUGGGGUAAAAAUUGAGGCGGGCGAGCGGGAGUGCUAUACCGAGAUCGUCGAGGCGGGCGCGACGCUGGGCUUCAACUUCCGCGUUACAGACGGCGGCUCGUUUAACAUCGACGCGAUCGCGACGACCACCUUCACCCCCGCCUUCGCCAGCGUCGACAAGGUCAUGCUUGUUCAUUACACCGACUACUACAGGGUGAUUCGCGAUAAACAGCAAACCGAGGCCCUCAACACGUGGUCGCGGGCGACCGAGGGAAGCCUGAGCUAUACCGCACCAAGCGUGGAGGAAUCCAAACACGGGCUGCCGGCAGAGGUUACCAUCUGCUUUGACAACUCCUUUUCAACUUUCUCCCCGAAGUGGGUAAGCUUCUCGAUGAUGAAACACGACGCGCUGGAGAUCGACCCUAAUACAGUCAGCAAAGUUGACGUACAAAUGGAGCAGAAACUUUAUGAAUAUGGAAAGGUGAUGUUCACCCUGGCAAAAGACACCGAUGGGCUUCGGUUGGCCAGCGAAGCAGAUCGCAUUAAAAACUACUCGACUACCGCUAUCAUCAGCAUCGGGCUUUCGAUCAACAUCUUGGGGCUUUUAAUUCUUUCAAUAUUCCAAUACAACUCCCUGACUCGUUUCAUGAAGCGAAUUCAGCAGCAAUCCUGCUCAGAUAGUUUUCGUCGCUGAGCAGCCUGGUAUACGAGCCCUCAUAUAUUUUUUUGUAGUUUAGGCCCAAGCGGUCAAUGAUGUAAAUGGUUCUAAGCUGUAAAGAAUAGGUUAUUGUUAUUGUUUUAUUCUUUAUAUUUAGUCUGAGCACCACGUCAGGUGCGAGGUUGGAAAUGUGAAAAGUUCGCAGCGCAAUAGGGUACAACAAAACAUGCGUCAUGAGUUAAUUUUUUUUAAAUGACUCUUUGUGCAUCACAAUUUUCAGUAAA